GCCAGUUCAAUCCAUUCGCGCGCGGUGCGCAGUGUGCAAUCUGUGGUACGGUUGACAUUUUAUAAUUGUGUUGUGUUGUGUUUUGUGUGUGGAUAUUGUGUUUAUAAGAUGGCGUAAAUCCCAACAAAAAUGGCCGCCGUCGCUCCAAUUCCCGGUCAACUAAACCAGGAGAACAGCGAUGAUGAACCCUCGCCCGACGAGGAGAGACAAGUGACGCCGUUCAGCAUUCACGACGUGCUCAAAAAGGAAAGAGAAACCAGUCCAGAGAAUGUCUUCGCCACGGAUAAACUCCUCCAAAGCACUCCGAACUUCGAAGACGCCUCGAACCCUGAAAGCCUACGAUUGGACGACACAGAGAUAAGUGUUGAUGAUAAUUCGUGCAGCAGCAAUGACACAGUGUUGUCUGUGGGUAACGAGAACCCAGUAAAUGAUGAACUGUCCUUCAAACACAUACAAACCCACCUAAACGCCAUAUCACAGUUGAGUCACUUUAACACACCCUUGCUCCUACGACCGAAUCCCAUACCGAUGUUCUUGAACCAGUCAUUCUAUCCACAAGUCAAAUACCAGCAGAACGAAGAGAGAAGAGAGGACACGUACAGAAGGGAACAGAAGGAGGAUAGAGAUUUUAAUCCAAACCUGAAGUUUAGUAUUGAUAACAUUUUGAAAGCGGAUUUUGGUAGACGUAUAACUGAUCCGCUGAAGAUUAGGAAAAAGAGGUUCGAGGGGAAGAAGGAGUUUAAGGAGAUCAGUCAGGUUCGACAGGAGGUCAGGCAGGAGGUGAGACAGGAGGUUAGAGCAGAUGCAAAGGAAAAGGGGGCGAUAGAUUUGUCUAAAGCAGAUGGCAGUCCGGCGUCCAGUGGAGGGACAUCGAACAGUGAAGGCCCAAUGGUGUGGCCCGCCUGGGUGUACUGUACCCGAUAUAGUGACAGACCCAGUUCUGGUCGAAGUAAGUAUGGACUAUAUGGCCCUCGGACGAGAAAGCCGAAGAAGCCGCCUGGAGAUACCAAUAAUGAUGAAAAGAGACCCAGGACAGCCUUCUCUGGUCCUCAGUUGGCUAGACUAAAGCAUGAGUUCGCUGAAAACCGGUACCUGACUGAGCGUCGACGCCAGGCGCUGGCUGCAGAACUGGGCCUGGCAGAGGCCCAAAUCAAGAUCUGGUUCCAGAACAAACGAGCCAAAAUCAAGAAGGCUUCAGGGCAUCGCAACCCUCUGGCUCUGCAGCUCAUGGCACAAGGGCUGUACAACCACAGUACGAUACCGUUGACGAAGGAGGAAGAGGAACUGGAAAUGAAGGCAAGAGAAAGAGAACAGGCCCGACAGUGAAGAGAAGUGUUUUGUGAAUUCUUUGAUGAAAGGACAGAAAUUAGUUAUACUCCUGUACUCAGAGUUACUAAAGAUGUUACGUUCCUAAACUUUGUAAUAUCGAUACAAAAUCUUGGAAUCCUGCUGAUUUCAGCUCAAAGUCUACGUCUAGUAGCUCCGAAAUGCCUAUUGAGGCAUGUGAAUUAAGGUUUGAAUUAAUCGACUCUGAUUAAGUAUUAAGUCAAGUAUUCUAGAAUAAAUUCGAUGUAAUACACUUAUUGGCUUUUAAAUGUGAAUAUGCAUUGAUGAUAGAUCAAUAGAAAGAAGAGAUAGAUAAUAGAGAGUUUUCUUUGAUUGUGAUUGGUGACGUAACCGCUACUACCUCCUAGUAGUAACGGCGUGUUGGCAGAAGAAUGGCGGCACCAAAAGAACAUAGUUUCAUCAUCGGUCGUCAAGGCAUUUUAAAUUCCACCCGUAUCAUCUCGACGUCAAAGCAGUUUUCGCCGCGAACCACCACUGUGGAUCCAGCUGCCCACUGAAGUAUUUCAAACCGAAUGAUUUCGGUCAGCCAGCGGACUAUGUAUUGAACUAGAGAUCGACCAAUCACAAGCAAACGAAAUAGUAAAGUAUUACAAUCUACUCGUAAAUUAGAAACGUUUAGUUUGAAACUAAAAUAUUCAUGUCGUCGUCUAUGUAUGAAAGUUGAAACACUUCAAUUUGGAGAUAUUUAUUACUGAUCCUGUAGGAUUUGCUCGACUGCCAAUUCUCUGUCGACGGUUAGAAGUGUCAAAACUGGUUAGACUGUUCGAAGAUCCUCUCUUUAAGUCGGUAGUAGCUGCCCCUUCCUUCCUCAUGUCGCUAUCAGUACGAUUACGUCAUAUCCUGAAACGCGCUAUCAAAGUAUUUCCCAUUGGGUAUAUGUAACAUUCUAAUCAGUGGUUACACUCACCGGGGAGGACCUUUAAUUCGUACUUCGCUCACUCCAGUGAGCUUCCGUCCUGUCCCGUGACAGCCCAAGCCGAGGUUCGAGUCUCACAGGAGACGCCCUUGCGCUAGUUGCGGGAAAAACGCCCAUUCAGGCUGAGCUACGCUCGCCAUAACAGCCCAAGUUCAGCUGUAAAGGCCCUUAAGACCAGCAGCGAGAUUCCUUACAAAAAAAGUGGUUACACUAGUAAAGGAUCCUCUCUAAAAUUUGGAUAAAGAGCACCACAUGCCGCCACAAAUCUGACCUCGUCAGUCGGUCGUCGUUGACAUGAUCGGACGGGCCUGUCUGAACCUGGCCCCCAGACCAACAGAACGAAAGCCAGUCACUGGUUAAACUGGUGGAGGAUCCUCUCUUUAGGUCGAAAGACAUUCCUUCGAACGCGAACCUAACUUCUUUCUGUUAACAGACGACGACAUCGCUCUCUUCUUAAAAGCGCUCGUAUAGAAUGUUAAUCAAUCCAAUCCGACUUCAUACACCAUAGAUAUGCAAAAUUAGUUAAAUUUGAUUACCUAUCUAUCUAUGUAUGCAUAAUAAUCAAUAACUACAUCAUUACGAAGAGUAUACAACAGUAGAUUUAGAUUUAUGUUUUUCACGAUGUGUUACUGCGUAGAAGGCCUUAGUAAAAUCCAUUGCAUUCGAAUGUUAGCAAUACUGCUGUAUAGCGUUAUAUAUAUUUGCUGUUAUGCAAGUAAGAGAACCUAAGAGAGCCUGUUUUUUUAAAUGGUGUAUUGUUGUUCGUAUUUGGUAUUACGAGCGCGAUUUUCAAUCCCACUGGAAUUGUAUUAAAAUGUAAAUAUGUUAAGUUAUUUAUUGUGCAAUUUAGUGUUAGAUAUUUUUCGGAUGUAUUAUUGAUUUGAUGUACAAAAUAUAUAGGAUAGGUUGAAUAAUAUAGCCGAAGAAGUGUAGCGUUUCUUGGUCCUAAAUAAACGAAAUUGCAGACUGGAA